GACCCGUGACGUCACGGACGGGAGCGCGCUUGCUGUAGUUUGAAAGUGUCGCGGGAGGAAGGAGCGGAUUUUGGAGCCGGUACCAGCAGACAGCAUGGAGACCUCAGAGAGCAGCUUCAAGACCCCCUGUAAGGUGGAGAGGAAGAAGAGCUCCGGACCCUGCACCCCCUCCCCCUCCUUCGCUAUCCCAGCCUCACCAUUCAUGAAGAAGUUUGGUUACGGCACAGGAGUCAGCGUCUACCUCAUGAAAAGGUCACCUAAAGGUUUAUCCCACUCUCCUUGGGCUGUGAAGAAGGUGAAUAAGCAAUGUGAUAAGUCCAGCAAGAACCUGUAUGAGAAAAGACUGAAUGAUGAGGCCCAAAUCCUCAAAAACCUGCAACACCCCAACAUCAUCGGUUACCGGGGGCUGACCAAGACCAAUGAUGGCAGCCUGUGCCUGGCCAUGGAGUACGGCGGAGAGAAGUCCCUAAACGACCUCAUAGAGGAGAGGAACGAGAAGUGCCAGGGCCCGUUUCCUGCUGACACCAUUCUUAAAGUGGCCCUGAACAUGGCGCGGGGCCUGAAGUACCUGCACAUUGAUAAAAAAAUCCUCCACGGAGACAUCAAGUCCUCCAACGUUGUCAUCAAAGGAGACUUUGAGUCCAUCAAAAUCUGUGAUGUCGGGGUGUCGCUGCCGCUGGACGAGAACAUGAUCAUGACCGAUCAGAAGGCAUAUUACAUCGGCACUGAGUCCUGGAAACCCAAGGAAGCUCUGGAGGAGGACGGGGUAAUCACAGACAAGUCAGACAUCUACGCCUUUGGCCUGACUCUGUGGGAGAUGAUGACCCUGUCCAUCCCUCAUCUCAACCUGCCACCUGAAGAUGACGAUGAUGAAGAGGACUCGUUCGAGGAAGACGACUUUGACGAGGACGCCUACUAUGAAGCCCUGGGGACGCGGCCCGCGCUGAACGCAGAUGAGCUGAACGAUUCCUACCAGCGGGUCAUCGAACUGUUCUACAUGUGCUCGAGUGAGGACCCCAAGGAGAGACCCUCUGCUGCCCAGAUUGUGGAGGCCUUAGAGGCGGAGAACAUCCAAUGAGUAUUUUUAGGGCUGAGCUAGGCUCAGGGUGUCUCCAGUUUUAGAGUUUUUAAAGUGCCAAUUUCCUUAGAAAGUUACCAAGAGACGGUUUAGAUAAGUUACAUAGAUAGAGGCGUUACAAUGAGGAGAAUGUAUGGUAAAGAGGCAGAUACAUCGCCCCCAGAGGCGAGGGAGAAAACUGCACCUAACACAGCAACUUGUGGUGCAGAAAAGUCUUUGUUUAG